GGAUGAGGGGUCGGUCGUGCUGGGCGAGGUGUCGUGUAUGCAUAAUUUCUGAAGAUAGGUACAGGCGAGAGCUGUGUUCUGGAGGCAAGAUAGUGCUAUGACGGUCUUGACCUAUCAUCGUUGACUGGGAAUCGGGCUCCUGGCUCUGCGAAUCGUCUCCAACUGGUCGAUAUGAAGGUGAACUGAAGCUCUCCGUCACCUUCAUCGCACCACGGCUGCUGACGGAGGCAUCCAGCUGGGGAACACGACGUUUCGAGCUAUUUUAGCGUAUCACAGCCUCCUGCUUUAAAAUGGGAGACAUGUCGCCCGACUUUGCAAGCAAGGAUGAAGAAAUAUCAUUUUGGAAAAGUCUAGCUCAGGAUUUAAAGAUUAGGCUGGCCGAGUCGCGAGACGAGCUGGACGAGUUCCAGGAGAACUCGCGCGAGCUGGAGGCCGAGCUGGAGGCGCAGCUGGAGCAGCAGGAGGCGCGCGUCAAGGACCUCACCGGCCGGCUGGCGCGCGUGCAGACCGAGAACGACCAGAUCAAGGAGAAGCUGGAGCACCUGCAGACGGAGGCCCAUGACCAGAUCUCGGACCUGCAGACCGGCCUGUCGGAGGUCACCGGCAUCAAGGAGAAGCUCUCCAAGUAUAUCCGCGAACUGGAGCAGGAGAAUGACGACCUGGAGCGGGUCAAGCGGACGAUGGUGGUGUCGCUGGAGGACUUCGAGGGCCGACUGAACCAGGCGCUGGAGCGGAACGCCUUCCUCGAGUCGGAGCUGGAUGAGAAGGAGACGCUGCGGGAGAUGGUGCAGCGGCUCAAGGACGAGUCCCGAGACCUGCGCCAGGAGCUAGUGAUCCGAGACCGGCACGAACCGGCCGGCCAGCCCGACAACGACCGCUCGGCGCUGGACAGCAACAAACUGCUGGAGGAGCCGCCCGACGACGAGGCGCCGCGCGCGCGGAGCGUCGGCGACGCGCCCGCCAACGGCCACGUCACGGCACUGGACGGCGGCGGUCCGAUGACGCCCUCGUCGCGCAUCUCGGCGCUCAACAUCGUCGGCGAUCUGCUGCGGAAAGUCGGGGCGCUGGAGUCCAAGCUGGCCUCGUGCAAGUCGUACGUGAAGGACAACCCGCGCCCGGCGGGGUCGGCCGGCCGCGAGCUGCACAGGGCCGGCAAGCCGCGGAAGACCACCAAGAUCCCGACGCAGGUACAACGCUAGACCGACUAGGCGGGCUGCCGACGCGAUGGCGACGGCGGCGGCGGAGGCGCCCGCUCGCACGCUCGUGCCGUGAACUGGGCGGCGCCGUCAGCUUCCCGCCGCGGAGGAGCCUGGCGUCUCGCGGGCGACGGCCGGCAC